ACGGCAUGGAACUCAGUAUCGGUUCAGCCGUCAUCGAGUCCGAGUGUGGUAGAACUGUUUGUGCGACUCACACCGAGCGUACAUCGUUGUCGCUGUUGAGUUAAGAACCCAAGAACCUGUCUGUGCCGAUUAGGUGCAAGAACAUAAAAUGAAGCAGACUUUAUGUGUCCGACUGCUAGUUGCGUCGUUCUUCAUCGGAGCACUGGCUGAUCGACACUCGGGAGGCAACCGAUGGAACGUUCAGCACAAGCGAAACGCGGACUGCGUCAAGUCGGUCACAACGGCGAGUGGUAAUUUGGUCGAGCGUGGCCGUACCUUUUGCAGCGGUGAACUGAUCUUUGAGGAUAACUUCGAUUUUCUGGACUUUGAGAAAUGGUCCCACGAGAACACGCUGGCUGGUGGUGGUAACUGGGAGUUCCAGUGGUACACCAACAACCGUUCGAAUUCGUUCGCUGAGGAUGGUGUGCUCAACAUUCGACCGACCCUAACGGCCGACCAGUUCGGGCACAACUUUAUGACCUCUGGCACGCUGAGUCUACAGGGCAACUUCCCAACGGAUCACUGCACCAACGAUGCCUUCUAUGGUUGCGUUCGGGUCGGCAAUCAGCAGCACAUCGUGAACCCGGUCAAGAGUGCCCGGAUCCGUACGAUCGAAUCGUUCAACUUCAAGUACGGCCGUGCGGAGGUACGCGCCAAGCUACCGGCGGGCGACUGGCUAUGGCCAGCCAUUUGGUUACUGCCAAAACGGAACGCUUACGGUAGCUGGCCGGCAUCGGGCGAAAUGGAUCUGAUGGAAUCGCGUGGCAACGAAAAACUGAUGCUCGAUGGUACACAGAUCGGUACGCGCCAGGUCGGCCAGACGCUACACUUUGGACCGGGUCCGGCCUACAACGGUUACCAGAAGGCGACACUGACGAAGAACGCAGUGCCGGGCCAGGAGUUCAACAAGGAGUUUAACACGUUCGGAUUCGUCUGGACACCGGACAACAUUACGGUUAGUGUGAAUGGAGAGAAUCUGGCGACGAUCGGGGGUGACUUCUGGAAGCUCGGUGAAUUCGAUCGCCACGGACCGAUGGAGAAUCCGUGGCGCCACGGAACGCGUAUGGCCCCGUUCGAUCAGGAGUUCCAUUUCAUCAUCAACCUAGCGGUCGGUGGGGUUGCCUAUUUCCCCGAUGCGGCCACCAACGAGGGUGGCAAACCGUGGGCGAACAAUUCCCCGCAGGCGGCCACCGAUUUCUGGAACGGCCGUGACCAGUGGUUGCCGACGUGGAACCUCGAUAAGGAUGGUGGCAAAUCGGCUUCGCUGCUGGUGGAUUACGUGAAGGUGUGGGCCCUCUAGGGUGGGCGCUAGGUGGACCAGAAAAAUGUGUCCUAUUUUGGAGGGAAAUUGAUAUUUGAAGUAUCUUGCACCAACUCACUCAGUCCAGGUGCUGUGCUGGGAAUAAAUCGAUA